ACUCAAGCUUUUGAAAAAGAUCAAGCUGAAUGGCAAAUGCGUGAAUCAGAAUUGGUUGGUCAAAUUAAAGCUCUCCAAGAAACCAUUAAUACUCUUUCGCAACAAAAAGAUCUUUCAAAAAGGAAAAGCGGAAACACAAGUUCUAAUGAUGAAGACAGUCCUCCUCCAUCACCUACAUCACCUACAUCACCUACAGGAGGAUCUCCGACUUCGUAUCAUACCGCUGUCCGUGAAGUCAAGAUUGCUAAAAGAACAAUUAAAGAACUUGAAAGACGUGCUAAUGAUCUGGUGACUGAAAUGGAAAACGUUGAAAGUUUACAUACCAAUUCAAUGGCUACAAACAAAAACCAUAUCGCCAAGAUUCAUCAUUUAGAAAAUGAGCUUGAUCAAGUUAAACACAUGAAUCAGACAUUAAUGGAAGACAGUGAAAGGUAUCAACUACUGUUACGUGAAAAGACCAUGAGAGGUGAAUUUGUGCUAACUCAUGUCAUGCAGAGAAAUACAAAAUAUAGUUGCAUUGCAGGAAAAAAGACAAAUCUCACAAAGCAAAAUAGUAAAUCAACUCAAGACGAUGCAUCCGUCAACACAAAAUUCAUUUCUGUAGAUUUGGAAGCCGAAUUACAUCGUGCUAUGAAUGAAGUGAAUGACGGGAAUGACCACACAAUUAUUGAAAAAUUACAAGAUGAAAUCAAAUUGCUCAAAGAUUCCAACAAGUCAUUGUCCCUUUAUAUUCAAAAGAUUCUCCAUCGUAUCAUGGAAGCUAAAGGUUUUGAGGAAAUUUUAGCCAAGGAUUGGUCAGCAAAACAAGAAACUCCACUUACUUUACCAAAAUGUUCUUUAAGUCAGGAACCUGUAAAAAAGAAACCGGCAAGACGAAAAACCUUUAGUUUUGUUUUAGGGCGUACAACAUAG